UGCUUUGAGAUCAUCUUCAUCUACUCCCUCCCUUUCUCAUUUCUUCUCUCAUGGAGUUGGAAGGCAUACUCCGAUUUUUUGAAAACAAGACCAUUUUAAUCAUUGGUGCCAUAGGUUUUCUAGCAAAAGUUUUUGUGGAGAAAAUACCAAGGGUCCAACCAAAUGUAAAAAUGAUCUAUCUUCUUUUGAGAGCUUCAGACAAUGAGUUUGCUACACAACGGUUUUGUCAUGAGGUAAUAGGACUGGACCUAUUUAACGUUCUAAGAAAGAGUUUGGGUGCAAAUCUAGAAUCCUAUGUAUUUGAGAGGGUUACUCCUAUCUCUGGUGACAUUUGUGACGUGAAUUUGGGAAUCAAAGAUUCUAUAUUAAGAGAAGAGAUGUGGAAUGAAAUAGACAUUGUCUUAAAUUCUGCUGCUACAACAAACUUUGAUGAAAGAUAUGACGUUGCAUUGGGCAUCAACACAUUUGGAGCUUUGCAUGUUUUGAGCUUUGCAAAGAAAUGUAUUAAAUUGAAGGUCCUUCUCCAUGUAUCAACUGCUUAUGUGUGUGGCGAGAAGGGCGGGCACAUACUAGAGAGCCCAAUUUACAUGGGAGACACGCUAAAGGGAACUUCAAGAUUAGAUAUCAAUGUCGAAAAAGAACUUGUGGAGGAAUACCUAGAUAGAUUACGAGUACAAGGUGCCACGAAUGAAGAAAUCACAUCAACCAUGAAGGAUUUUGGCACCAAAAGGGCAAAACUAUACGGAUGGCCAAACACCUACGUGUAUACGAAGGCAUUGGGGGAAAUGCUUUUAGGACACUUUAAUAAGAAUUUGCCUGUAGUUAUCAUACGCCCCACUAUGAUAACAAGUACUUACAAAGAGCCAUUUCCAGGUUGGAUUGAAGGCGUGAGAACCAUUGAUGGUGUAAUUGCUGCCUACGGUAAAGGGAAAUUGAAAUGCUUUCUUGGCCAUCCUAAGACAAUCAUGGAUGUUAUACCAGCAGAUAUGGUAGUAAAUUCUAUGAUUAUGGCCAUGGUAGCUCAUGCAAAUAAGUCUUCUCAGAUCAUCUUCCAUGUGGGUUCUUCAAUGAGAAAUCCGAUGAAACUCUCUAGUCUUUCAGAUUUAAUCUCUCUGUACUUCACUCAAAAUCCAUGGAUUGAUAGAAAUGGAAAGUCAAUCAAAGUCAGCAAGUCGAUAGUCUUUAGCAAUAUUGCUAUGUUUCAAGCAUACAUGGCUAUUCGAUAUAAACUGCCGUUGAAGGUGUUAUGGUUAGCAAAUCUGGUGCUUUUCCAGUAUUAUCGGGACAUAUAUAUUAAUCUUAACCGGAAGGCCAAAGCAGUGAUGCGAUUGGUUGACCUCUACAAACCAUAUGUAUUUUUUACUGGCUGCUUUGAUGACUCCAACACAGAAAAGCUGCGAGUACCGAUCAGAGAGAACGAUGUCGACAUGCAUUUGUCUGACUUUGAUCCAAAGUGCAUUGACUGGGAAGACUACAUUUUGAACACUCAUAUUCCUGGCCUGAUAAAGUACUCAAUGAAAUGAUAACUUUGAGGGAUUGUUUGUUUUUAUUUCGAAAAAUGCUGUGGUUUGGAAUUUCUUUCAUCAAUAAGGCAAUUGCAACCUACCUAGCUAGUUGCCAUUUUGUUUAGAAUUUUACUUGGAGUGAAUUAGUGUUCAGAAAUUAAAUAUGCAAGAAGUAAAUAAAUUGAUGUGAGGAGCUAAAUAAAUGUACGUUACAAAUAAAUGAAGUGUGAAAAGGGAGUUAAAGGGUUGUAUUUGGAGUAUACAUACCCCUUGCAUUUA